AGACAGUAGGGGUCUAAAAGACAUUUGAUGUUUCAUUAAUGAAAGCUGCUAUCAUGCUAUCAUAUAGGGGGCUAUUGGUCCCCUAUGUGAAUGCAGUAAUGGUCAAAAAGCCCUGUGUUGUUUACCAACAUAGGUCUCUCUUUUGUCUUUCACUCAACCGUUCAGCGGGUAUUGGCCGUAAAUCAUUGGCCGGGACCAGGGGCGAACUGACCCGAGGGCCCAGGGUCAGUAGGGGGCCCCAUGAGAUGCCCUGGUACCUUUUUCAUAGUCUUUUUUUUGAGUUUGGGCAAGGACACAAGUGC